GUCACAACUCGCCUCCUUUCACUCAAUUAUCAAGAACUGAAAUGUCUGUAGUGUGAAGGGCGGCAGCUUCGGCUGCUAGUCUCUCCGUCAUCCUUUCUAUGACGGCCUUUUCAACCAUCCACAAGUCAGCCCAAUAUGGCACCGCAUAAGACACCACGCAACAAAAAGCACCAGCAUAAUCUAUCCACCCCCAAUGGAAACUAUGGGAACUAUAGCAUUGGGACGGCGAGCCCAACCGAGGAGAGGCUGCCCGUACGUCCUCGGAUGGUCUCACAACCCUCAGAGACCUACGAGAAGGCACAGGAAGAUGAACGCGAAGUCCUGAAAGCUAUUUUCAUGGAUGACUAUGAAGAAUCUGAAGCAAAGGGAGCAUGGAGUAAAACUACAGAUCGUGUGCUGCGCCUGAAAUUGAAGUCGUUCUCAAAUGAUGAUAUUUCAGUCACACUCUGUGCUAAAAUCACUGCAACAUACCCUAAAUCCCUGCCUGAACUCACCCUAGAAGGUGGAAGUAAGUUGAGGAAGAGCACUGGGGACAAGCUCCAAGGACUGCUCAGAACCCGCCCAAAAGAAUUAGUCGGCGAAGUCAUGAUUCACGAGAUCGCGACCGCUAUUCAAGAUAUCCUCGAAGACGAGAUCGCCGUUCGCGAGAACGACGGCACCUUCGAGAAUCUGGAUGCCGAAAGGGCUGUGCAGGAGGCCGAGGCAGCAGAAGUUGCCAAACAGCAGGAAGAAAAGCUCCAGAAAAGGCGAGAUGAACAGAAAGCUGAGGAGGAGCGCGUCCUACAGCAAAUGGUCAGCGAUGAGAUGCGGCGUAAAGACUUGAUGGCGAAGCGUAAGAACAGGGCAUCCGGAAUAACUCCGACAUCCUACUUCCCUAGCGAGACCAGCGCCAAUACCGUGUCUUUUGACAGAGCCGUCUUCCUACAGCACGAGGACACGAUGAUCGACUGUAGUGCAGUUGAAGGCAUGCUUCCCUUCCGCAUAGGACCAGUCACAGAAGAACUAUUGGUGAAGCCGGUAGCCAGAGUGUCUCCCAUUACGCUUGUUCUGAAACGGGUUCACGUAGGGGGCGCUAAUUCCGCUGCUGGCCCUCAGUUGAAGAAAGCAAUCAUGGAGUUCGAAGAGGAAAUGGAAGAGAUCAAAAGGGUACGGCAGGCCGCUAUCAUAACCGUUCUCGACUUCAAGAUCGAGCAUCUGCCUGACUCUGGCUGGGAGAUCAACAUUCUGAUGGAGCACGCGAACAAAGGCUCACUGGGCGAAAAGCUUGAAGAUGACGGACAUAUUGCUAUAGCCAAAGUCCGCUCGUGGACUAUCGAACUUCUAGAAGCACUUGACUUUUAUCAUCGCAAUGGCGUUGUUCACAAGCGGAUCCACCCCAACAAUAUCCUUCUAAAGAAAUCCACAACUGGUAGUAUAUCAGUAAACUUGGCCGAUGCUAGCUUUCAGGAGAGCCUGCAUCACCUACGGAAUCUUUGCAGAGGAGAGCAGCCUUCAACAACAUCGAGAUCAGCGUUUUGGGAUGCCGCCGAGCUUGCGCAAGAUGCGCGCCGAACGCGGAAGACAGACGUCUGGGAUUUAGGGGUCGUCUUUCUCCAGAUGUUGUUUGGUCUCGACGCGCCUCAGAAGUACAAUUCUCCGAAGGAUCUUUCGGAUACACUUGGCUGUUCGGAGCCGCUCCAAGAGAUCAUGCGCAAAUUCUUCAAGCCUGAUCCUAAGAAGAGACCUUCUGCUUUCGACCUCAUCCCAUUUGAGUUUCUGCGCGACGAUGUACCCGUGUACGAACGACCUCCUACCCCGAUGAGAUCCAGACAUUCUUCCACAUCUCUAGGCCAGUAUAACCUUCGCCGCGAAUCUUCAACUGGUGUUGGGGGAUCUUAUUCACGAUACGCCAUCGACUGGGUUGAGCAAGGUCGCCUAGGCAAAGGUGGGUACGGUGAGGUUGUGAAGGCGCGCAACAAGGUUGAUGGUCGCACCUAUGCUAUAAAGAAGAUCAAACAAAAAUCGGCUUCCGCACUUACUGAGGUCCUCUCCGAGGUUAUGUUGCUCUCACGGCUCAAUCACAGUUGUGUGGUGCGAUAUUAUACCGCGUGGCCCGAAGAGGAUGUUUCGGGUCUCUCUGAAUCGGAAGAAGAUGAAUCUACCACGUUUGAUGACAACCAAUCCGAGACUGGUUCCGGUGUCUCGCAAGGAUCGACUGAUGGCGGGGGUUUUGCGAGGAGCACUGGAGGCUUGGACUUCAUCAGCUCCAGUGGCUACCCGAAGAUCGAGUUUGGCUCCGAUGCCGAAUCUGAAGACGAUGAUGGUGACAUUGUGUUUGGUUCCGAUUCUGAAGCUGAGACAGGAACUGCAAGUAUAAGCCCACACUCACCAAUGGUGAAUAAGCGCAGCGUGUCUAACUCAAUCCCCACACGACCAUCACGAUCCAUCUUAUACAUUCAGAUGGAGUUUUGCGAAAAGCAGACGCUUCGUGAUCUCAUUCGUCGGGAUUUGUACGAUGACCCAGACGAAUACUGGAGAUUGUUCCGACAGAUUCUGGAAGGACUUGCCCAUAUCCAUGGCCAUGGCAUCAUACACCGAGAUCUCAAACCGGACAAUAUAUUUAUUGACUUCGCCAAAAUUCCAAAGAUAGGUGACUUUGGGCUGGCUACCAGCGGUCAAUAUCAGCGUCCAGACAAGAAAGUCUCCGCCGGCAUUCAAGACGGUGACAUGACUCGGAGCGUCGGCACUGCCCUUUAUGUAGCCCCAGAACUGAGCUCCAAUGUUACUGGCAACUAUAAUGAUAAAGUAGACAUGUACUCAAUGGGCAUUAUCUUCUUCGAGAUGUGCUUCCCUUUAAGGACAGCCAUGGAGCGCGACAAAGUGGUUCGAUCUUUGCGAGAACGUAAACAUGACCUUCCACAAGAGUUCGCGGCAUCCGAGAAGUCUCUCCAAGGUAGCAUCAUUGCGUCGCUAGUCAGUCAUCGGCCAUCUGAACGACCUAGCUGCACAGAGCUUCUGCGAAGUGGAAAAGUACCGAUUCAGAUCGAGGAUGAGGCAGUCAAAGAAGCUCUCAAGGCCCUCUCCGACCGUAACUCCCCUCACUACGCGAAAAUGAUGGCCGCUUUGUUCUCGCAGAAGCCGGAUACGCAAGCAAAAGAUUAUGUUUGGGAUAUGGGUGUCACCGCUCAAACAAUCAAGGCAAACGAUGUCUUACUGCAAAAUCUUGUCAAGGACAGGCUGACCAUGGUGUUCCGUAGCCAUGGUGCUGUCGAGACGCAGCGCCAAUUGCUCCUGCCAUGGUCGGAUCAUUAUACCAACAAUAACGUCGUCAAACUCUUCGAUCCCUCGGGUACACUUGUGCAACUACCAUACGACCUGACAUUACCUUAUGCACGUAGCAUUGGCCGAGGUGCACCAUUUCUGGAAAAGACCUUUACGAUAGGACAAGUGUACCGUGAUAAUUACGGAGGCGCACCGCGUAGCAGUGGAGAGGCCGACUUUGAUAUCCUUUCAUAUGACACAUUGGAUUUAGCCCUGAAGGAAGCCGAAGUCAUGAAGGUCGUCGACGAAAUCAUCGACGAAUUUCCGUCCUUUGGCCCAACGCAAAUGUGCUUCCAUUUGAAUCACUCUGACCUUCUGGAGACAAUUAUGGAAUUCUGUAGAAUUAGCGCGCCACAACGACCAGCAGUCAAAGCUGUGCUGAGUAAACUCAACAUCUCGAAGAACAGCUGGCAGGCCAUCCGUAAUGAGUUGCGCUCGUCGGAAAUCGGCGUCUCAUCAACUUCUCUAGACGACCUCGCACGCUUCGACUGGAGAGACACGCCUGAGAAGGCUUUCGCAAAAAUGCGGCGGAUCUUUGAAGGAACCAAAUAUCUCGACAGGACGCACGCAAUCUUCGCCCACCUUAAAAAUGUCGUCAACUAUAUGAAGCUAUGGAAUGUGAAGCGAAAGGUGUACGUCAGUGUUCUGAGCAGCUUCAAUGAGAAGUUUUACUCUGGCGGCAUUCUUUUCCAAUGUUUGUUUGAUACAAAACAGCGCGAAGUCCUCGCAGCAGGCGGACGGUACGACAAGCUUAUUGAGGAGUAUCGACCGAAAGGCUCAGGCCAUGCUCAGCCUACUACCGGGUACCAUGCCGUCGGCGUCAACCUCGGAUGGGACAGGCUCGUGAACUCCAUGAACCGAUACCUCAAGAAACCAGAGAAGUCAGUAUUCUUGAAGAAGCACGCAGAGGAAGACACUCCAUCUAUUUCCUGGAUGCCACGCCGGUGCGACUGUUUAGUGGCGAGCUUUGAUUCCAAUGUCCUUCGUUCCGCUGGCGUGAAGAUGGUCGCGGACCUGAUCUCCCAUGGGUACGCCGCAGAACUAGCCGUUGAUGCCCACUCGAUUGAAGAUAUUCUCCGCCACUACAGAGAUGACAGACACAGCUGGGUCAUCGUCAUCAAACAUGGCGUCGCAUCCGACAAACCCGAACUCAAGGUCAAAUCGAUCGCAAAGAAGGAAGACACUGAUCUGCGAACCGGCGAUCUGCUCAACUAUCUACGCAACGAAAUGCGAGAUCGAGAAGGACGCGAAGGAACUGCCGCUCAGCGUCUUACCAAAGCCACACCCACGCCCUCAGCUGCCACCUCCGCCAACACCAAAUCAAAUGUCGAUGUUCUCAUUGCCCAACACCGAUCCAAGAAAAGCAAUAAAUGGUCCAUCAUUGAGGCAGCGCAGGCGCGCUCCGCCGAACUGCUCUCAGUCUUCCAGUCUGCCCCCAUUGCAGCAAUUGAAUCGAAAGAGGAAGUCAUGAACUUAAUCAAAGAAACGCGGCUCAGUGACCCGGAUUCGUGGCGCCACGCUAUCCAGAAGAUGCCCAUCGUCGAACGCAAAUAUUUACAGGAGCUGCACGAUCUGUUGCUGAAGUAUAAGUCAAGAUGGGAUACAACAAGGAACGAGGAGGUGCGAGGGAGCGGAGAGGUAGGGAAGGCUUUUGUGUAUAACUUUAGGACUGGGAGCUGUUUGCUGUAUGAUUUGGAGAGCUGAUAGGAAUUAUCAAGGGUGCCAUUCGCAAAAAAGAAACAUUUUCGCACCUCAAUGUCCAUGCAUGCGUAGUGAAGAAAAGGAACGUUGUAAAAAGGU